AUGGCCCCUAAUGUGGAUAGAGAUGCCAUCCCAGGCACAGUGACACUGGUGGAUCUACAACAUGUUCUCGCGGCCCGCCACCUGGACAAGGGUGACAGCGACAUCGUCCUCAUUCCAGAGCCUUCGGAUGAUCCCGAUGACCCAUUGAACUGGGCGCCUCGACGGAAACUGCUUUCCACCAUCUGCGUCAGCGUGUAUACACUGUUCGCGGGAAUAGCAUGCUCGGUUGUAUAUUCGGUCCUCACCGAAUUAUCGGACGCGACGGGAGUUUCUGUUUCCACCCUGAACGAGGGCACCGGUUAUAUGUUUCUGUUCGCAGGCUGGGGACUUCUUUUCUGGCAGCCAUUGGCAUUGCAAUAUGGCAAACGCUUGACAUAUAUUCUAUCCCUAGUGGGGAUUUUGGGAACUUCGAUGUGGGGCCCUUACAUCCAUACCAACGGCCAGUGGAUCGCAAGAAGUAUCAUAUCGGGCUUCUUUACUGCCCCGAUUGAAGCCCUGCCGGAAGUCACUGUCACAGAUGUGUACUUCACCCAUGAACGAGGAACCUAUAUGGCCCUAUAUGCGUUCUUUCUCGCCGGAAGUAAUUAUUUCGCACCGGUGAUCUGUGGCUUUAUCGCGGAAUACCAAGGCUGGCAAUGGGUGUUCUACUGGCCCAGUAUCUUCUGUGGCUGUGCGAUUGUGUUUCUUUUUUUCUUCAUGGAAGAGACCAACUACGUGCGCGAGCAUAGAACUCUGCCCGAUUCACAAACGCCGUCUUCCACAAGGACAUCGGAACAGAACGAGAAAGAAAAGGCUCCUUCUGGUGUGGUUCAGCACCCCGAUACGGAGUAUAGCGUCAUGUACAAGAAGAAGAGCUACAUCAGGAAACUGUCUCUGUUGGGGCCGAGACUGCCCAGGAAUAAUAUGUUCCGACGGCUAUGGCACACAAUAUACUAUCUGAGCUGGCCCGUGAUCUUCUACGCUGGGUUCUCUUACGGCUCGUACCUGAUUUGGUUUAAUGUGCUCAAUGGUACUGCGUCUAUCAUCCUUGGUGGUGCUCCGUACAACUUCAGUUCCUCAAUGGUUGGUCUGAGCUAUCUGGCUUGUAUCCUCGGUGUAGUCUUCGCCUUUCUCUUGACGGGCCGGUUCAGCGACUGGCUUACUGUCAGAUUGGCUCGACGCAACAACGGUAUCAUGGAAGCCGAACAACGGUUGUGGCCAUUUGCAAUCUGCCUGAUCGUCGUGCCCGGAUCGCUUUUGCUCUGGGGCGUGGGCGCAGCUCACCAAGUCCAUUGGUUCGGGCUGAUCGUAGCAAUGUGUCUCCUUGCCAUGGCGAACACGUGUGGUAUCACCUUGAGUGUGAACUACCUAGUUGACAGCUACCGCGAACUGAGCGGCGACGCGAUGGCUACAGUGAUUCUAGUCCGGAAUACCAUGUCGUUCGCCAUAGGAUACGGGAUCACACCCUGGGUCGACAACCUAGGCUACCAGAACUGUUUUAUCUCGGCCGCCUUCGUCGGCCUGGCCUGCGCAGCCGUCUUCCUCGGGAUGAUCAAAUGGGGCAAGACGUUCCGCGAACGCAGCCGGGAGAAGUAUUGGAGGAUCGUGGUAGAGAACCAGGAGAAGGGAAUGGGCCAUUAGAAUUGACAGGAUGAUCACGACAUAUACAUAUGUACGUACUUAACUUUCCAGGACGGUCGACGAUGGCCUGCUAUUUCCGUUUUAUUGCUCAUCCUUUGCCCCUUUUUGCUCAUUGGGUAGAUUUGAGCACGCUCUGAGCAGCUACGGCGGAUGAUUGUGCCUGAUUCACUGCAAUACGGAAUUCAAGCUGGGGUGGCCUAAGGUUCAGAGGUGAUGGCCACGUUUUUGGGUUGCAAUACGCCCGACAAGGGG